AUGUCUGCUACCCGUCUCUUCUUCUUGCUCGCUUGCUUCCUGGGCCUUGGAAGUUUCGUCGCCGCGUCAGAUAUCUCGUAUCAGGGCAUCCCCAGCUGUGCCAUGCAGAUCAAAUGUAUCUUCCAGGAGAUCGGCCAUUCGUCCUGCCCCUUAACGGAUCAAAAAUGCAUGUGUAACGAUAACGUUUUGGCGGGAUACGUGCAGGUAUGCGUCGAGGCAAAUUGCACUGUCAUGGAGAUGCUCGCGGCACGCAAUUCGUCAUUGGCUGCCUGUGGUGAUGCCCCUGCUCAGCAGGAUACCGUCAUGGCGUGGUUCAGGGCGGUUCUUUUCGCCCUACCAACCUUUUUCAUAAUCGUGCGAAUGGUGAACAAGUUUCUAAAGCUGUCGCCUUGGGGUUGGGACGACACAACCAUCGUCAUAGCCUAUGUAUGUUAUGCAGAAAUCCACCCUCUCUCAUUCCCUCGACAAGUUUCCCUGACAAUCACAAAGGCCGUACUAGCAGCUUUCCUGCCAGCAGCAUAUCUUGCCGAACAAACUGGUGCAGGAAGAGAUAUAUGGGCACUGUCAGAAAACCAAAUUACUGAUUUUCUUUUGCUAUUUAUCAUAUUCGGUAUGCUCUAUAUGACCUGCCUAGCCUUUAUCAAGGCCUCGAUCAUAUUUCUAUACCUGCGAAUCUUCCCCGACGAAACCUUCCGCCGAAUACUUUGGUGUACUCAGCUGUUCAACCUUCUUCUUUGGAUCGCUUUCAUCGCCGGUACUUUCGGCUCUUGUCAGCCCUUGCACUUCUUCUGGCAUGGAUGGAAAAGAGAUAUGGAGGGCAAAUGCUUCAACUUGAACGCCUUUGCCAUGUGCCAUGGCGCAUUGAACGUGGCUCUGGAUGCAUGGAUGCUAGUACUUCCAGCAACUCAAGUCUAUUCGCUGAGAAUGCAGCGCAAGCAGAAGCUGGGUGUGAUGUUGAUGUUCAGCGUAGGAGUUUUUCUCACUGCCGUUAGUGCCUAUCGAAUCAAGGCCCUUCUCAUCUUUGCGACAUCAUACAACGUCACAGGCAAGUCCGAAACAAGGGACUCACCAUCAGCUAGAAUGUCUAGAUCAGCAAAGGGUUCACACUCUGCCAGCCAAGCCUCACGAUCGGCAGCGGACCCCAAUGAACGACCGCGACUCGUGUCUUACGAGGAGUCCUCCAUAGCGCAUCUAGUCGGAGACUUCAACGAUAUCGACCUCAAUAACCUCAGCGAUGCGAGCCCGAUGGAGAGAGACCCGCCGAAGACGCCUAAAAACAAUGUCGUGUUACAGAAGGAUCCUGUAUCAGGAGGCUCAAGAAGUAGUGAUGGAGUCAUGAGCCAGAAGGGCUGGGAUGAAUGA